CCCCUGGUCAGCGCUCGGGGAAGCCGGGAUCCUGGAGGGGUAGGAAGCUGAAGCAGUCACCUGCAGAAAUGUCAUCAGAAAACAAAGAACAACAUGAUCUUUCACACAGGGACUUUGUUGAAGAAAAUGACCAAUACAGUCCACCAUCUAGGAGCCGUCUGGAACAUGAUAGAACUUCGAGGACUGACUGCCAGCAAUCUGAGGUCAAUGAUCACUGCAGACCUUAUACCAGGAUCCAGUUGGAGCCUCAAGAGAAAUCAGAUACAACGUAUAGUCAGUUUGUCAUCAAAAAAAUACAGAAGAGUUGCCAGUGCAAUGCAUCUAAAGCCAAAAAUACCAUUUUGGGCUUCUUUCCUGUUUUGCAGUGGCUUCCAAAAUACAAGCUAAAGAACAACAUCAUAGGGGAUGUGAUGUCAGGCUUGAUUGUGGGCAUUUUAUUGGUGCCUCAGUCCAUCGCAUAUUCCCUCUUAGCGGGCCAACAACCUAUCUAUGGUCUAUAUACAUCCUUUUUUGCCAGCAUCAUUUAUUUCCUAUUAGGUACCUCCCGUCACAUCUCUGUGGGCAUUUUUGGAAUACUGUGCCUUAUGAUUGGUGAGGUAGUCGAACGAGAACUACACAAAGCUGGCUAUGAUAUUGCCCAGACUCCUGACUUGUUAGAAAUGGUUUCAAAUGGAAGCACAUUAAACAAAAUAUCAGAUGAGAUAUGUGACAAAUAUUGCUAUGCAAUUACAGUUGGCAGCACUGUCACCUUUAUGGCUGGAGUUUAUCAGGUAGUAAUGGGCCUCUUUCAAGUGGGCUUUAUUUCUGUCUACCUCUCAGAUGCCUUGCUGAGUGGAUUUGUCACUGGUGCCUCCUUCACAAUUUUAACAUCUCAGGCCAAGUAUCUCCUUGGGCUCAAAAUUCCUCGAAGUAAUGGUGUGGGUUCCUUAAUCACUACAUGGAUACAUAUCUUCCAGAACAUCCUUAAGACAAACAUCUGUGAUCUCAUCACUAGCCUUUUGUGCCUUCUGGUUCUUGUGCCAACCAAAGAACUCAACGAUCACUUCAAGUCACAGCUUAAAGCACCAAUUCCUACUGAGCUUAUCGUUGUAGUGGCAGCAACAUUAGCCUCUCAUUAUGGAGAACUAAAUAAGAAAUACAACAGCAGUAUUGCUGGGCAUAUCCCGACGGGGUUUAUGCCACCCAAAGCACCGGACUGGGGCUUAAUUCCCAAUGUAGCUGUGGAUGCAAUAGCUAUUUCUAUCAUUGGUUUUGCCAUUACUGUGUCGCUUUCUGAGAUGUUUGCCAAGAAACAUGGCUACACAGUCAGAGCUAAUCAGGAAAUGUUUGCCAUAGGCUUUUGCAAUAUUGUCCCGUCCUUCUUCCACUGCUUCACUACGAGUGCUGCUCUUGCAAAAACAUUGGUUAAGGAAUCAACAGGAUGCCAAACUCAGCUUUCUAGUGUGGUGACAGCUUUGGUCCUUUUGUUGGUGCUCCUGGUAAUAGCUCCUUUAUUUUAUUCCCUUCAGAAAUGUGUCCUUGGUGUGAUAACCAUUGUAAACCUCCGGGGAGCCUUUCUCAAGUUUCGGGAUCUGCCCAAGAUGUGGCAAGUAAGCAGACUAGACACAGUGAUCUGGUUUGUUACUAUGCUUUCCUCUGCACUGCUCAGUACUGAAAUAGGUUUGCUUAUUGGGGUUUGUUUUUCCAUGUUCUGUGUCAUUCUCCGCACUCAGAAGCCAAAAACUUCAUUGCUUGGAUUAGUGGAAGAGUCAGAAGUCUUUGAAUCCAUGUCUGCUUAUAAGAAUCUUCAGACUAAGCCAGGUAUCAAGAUUUUUCAUUUUGCAGCCCCUCUCUACUACAUAAACAAAGACCAUUUUAAAUCUGCUUUAUACAGAAAAACUCUCAACCCAGUCUUAGUAAAGGUGGCCCAAAAGAAGUCAGCAAAGAGAAAGAUGAAACAGAAAACAGUAACUUUCAGUGCCAACCAAGAUGACUUUUCUGUGCACCUUUCCCUUGAUCCCUUGGCACUCCAUACCAUAGUGAUCGACUGCAGUGCAAUACAGUUUUUAGAUACAGCAGGGAUCUCUACACUAAAAGAAGUUCGCAGAGAUUACGAGGCCAUUGGUAUCCAGGUUCUGUUGGCUCAUUGCAAUCCUUCAGUGAAGAAUUCCUUGGCCCGUGGAGAAUAUUGCAAAAAAGAAGAGGCAGAAACCCUUCUCUUCUACAGUAUAUAUGAAGCAGUGACCUUUUCAGAAGUUUCUCAGAAUCAGAAAGAGAUAUGUGCUCCCAAUGGCCUGAAUCUUUCCAAUGAGAUAUAGAUUGGAAGAAGGAAUAAUGUCCAGCUUAUAGAUUGAAGUC